AUGGAGCUGAAAGAAGCUUGGGUUCAGGAGGAUCGGGUUUUCGACAAUCCACUGCUCAAGAUUACUUUAAACGGGCUCAAGUACUACGGAAUUUUGCUGUAUCGGAGUCAGCGAUUUAAGAAGUUACACUGUUUUCGAGGGGUGUUCUUCACGACAACCCUGCUGCUGUUCAAUUUAACCCAAUACGUUGAUCUGGUCCGCGUUUGGGGAAAUGUCAGUGAGAUGACAGCCAAUGCAGCUACAACGUUGUUGUUUACUACCAUUGUUGUUCGGAUUUUCCACUUUUACAUCAAUCGAGCUAAAUUCAACACCGCCAUACGGCACGCCGAUGAAGGAAUCCGUCGAAUUAUGGAUCAUGGGAACCUCGUGGAGAAGGCGUUCCUUUGGGGCAACGUGAACUACAUGAACCGGCUGACGGCGGCCUUCUGGAUCUGCGCCCUCGUUACGGCCAACACCAUGUGCGUCUUCUCGCUGGUGCAGUACCUCACCGCGGAUGUUUCGGACACGGUAGGCAUCGGAAAUUCCACCCAGCUGGACAGCUCGGUUCUGAUUCUGCGCUCCUGGUACCCGGCCGAGAACCUGAUGGACCACUACGUCACGAUCUACACCAUUCAGCUGUACAUUAUUUACGUGGGACAGCUGAUCGUUCCCUGCUGGCACGUGUUCAUGGUCAGCCUUAUGGUUUACGUGAGGACGGCCCUGAUGAUCUUGAACUACAAACUGAGCCACCUGGAGCGGUACGAACCUUCUGGUGUUAGAAGUGGCUGCGUGCGGCGAUCGGCGCCGAAGGAUUUGGCACUGGAAAAAAAUGACCGCCGUAGGGAGCUGAUGGUAGAGUGUAUCCAAGAGCAGCGGCGUAUCUUCAAGUUCACCCUGGAACUGGAAUCGCUCACCGGGGGCGCUGUGUUUAUGGAUUUUGUGGUGUUUUCGGUGCUCCUUUGCGCGUUGCUGUUCGAGGCUUCUGUGACGGAUUCCUCGGUUCAAAUUUUCAUCGAUAUAUGCUACAUAAUGACCAUGUCGGCCAUUCUUUUCCUGUACUAUUGGCAUGCGAAUGAAAUUCAUUUCCAGGCCAAUCUUUUGAGCAAAUCAGCCUUCAUGAGCGACUGGUUCGUUUAUCCUCGUUCCGUCAAUCGGCAUCUGCUAACGUUUAUCUGCUGCAGCAUCAAGCCAUGGAAAAUGAAAGCAGUAAUAGUGCCGAUGUCCCUUGAUACAUUUAUUGCGAUUCUCAGAGCUUCAUACAGCUAUUUUACCAUACUUAAACAAUCAGCUGGCUGAACAGAUUUGUGAUUUGGUACUAGAGCUUUAAGGUACUUUAAAUUUACAAAAAGAACUAGAGCUCGGAAUGAAUUGAAAUUAUUAAAAAAAAUUAAGUACGUGAAAUUUGAUAAACACCGAUAUUAUAUUGUCCGAAUAAAAAUUAAGAUAUCUACAAAAAAGGAAACAAUGUUUAAGUCCGCAUAAAUGCUUGAAUCUUUCUGGAUUAAAUAUUAUAAUGAAUAUGAGAGUUGGUUGAAUUGUAUAGAAACUCAUCUCUAUCUUUAGAGAGACAAAAUUUGAAUAAAUAACCAGCAAAAAUUUAUGUUAUAAAAUGUUAAGCAAAUGUGUCAUCUCUUAAAAAUACAGACCCCGUUCGUUUUUGGCAACACGCUCUAAAAUUUUAUCCUAUACGUCUUACUCUUGAAAAAUAUCCUUAUAUUCUAAAUAUCCAUAAUUUACCACAAAAUAAUGUUAAAAAUAGCAUUAAAACUCUACAUAAACAAGGAAAAAAGAGUUGAAAUUUCACAUCAAACAACCCGUUCCCGAACAAUUUCUUUUGAAGCUGUAUGAAUUAUAGCUUAAAAUUCCAUGGACAAGUAGAAAGUUCCUAUGAAAUUUGAAGAAAAAGAUGACCGGUAAAACGAUUUUAUACAAGCGAUCAAAAUUAAAAAAAAAUAAAAAUAAGGUGGACAACCUGUAAACAAAAACUGUUAAAACAUAUAUCGGUAGAAAGAAAACCUAUAUAAAAUUCACAAUAAAAGGAAAUGUCAAAUUUCGAUCAGAAAGGACGAAUAUUUGAAAAGUUUUUUACUAAUAAAAUAAAUGAAUUAAAGCAAAAUGUAUAGAACUGCACUAAAAAAACAGUGCAUCUUAAUUCUAAGCAAAAAGUCAUGAGAAGUGAGUUAAU